UAUUCUAGGGUCAGAAUUUGGCGUAAUUGACAUAAAAGCAUGGAUACAGCCUGCCUUAUAACAGUUCAGGCUGAUGAUUUUGAUGUAAUGGUGCAAGGGAUAUUUUCUUGGCACACUUUGCACAUCCAAUUUAGCAAUUUUCAAUUUAAUAUAAACACCACCUCCUACCCAAGUGCUAAUGCUGACCAUCAUGUCUAUCCCAGAGAGUUCCCAUCUUUUGGCUGUUUCCAGCAGGAGAAGGUGGCGUAAGAUCAAAAAGCUCAGAUGAUUGGAUUCUUGAACCUGUCAAUGAAUUGGCUGUACUCAGAUGUCCUCCACAGUCCCUGGUCAAUCCAAGACAGUCUGGGAUAUUGUAGAAGGAGAAAAUCAUGUGAAUGUGUAGCUGACAAUUCUGAAGGAAGUGUGUAAUGCUAUUGUAUGCCAGAGUUUGGAUACACAACUCUUAUUGGAUAAGGUGAUGUUUUGUUUGCAUCUUUUCAUUGCUGAUCAAAAGAAAAAUAUAGAUUCAGACAAACCUCCCCAGUUCAUUUAAAGUAGGUUUAACUUUUAGCCUGAUUAAUGCCUUUAAUAAUACAUCCCCUUUUUGAAGUGUAAAUGCACAUCAUCAAAUGGCGUAAUUUCUUUAACCAUUGAAAACAUUCUAUCAGUUGUAGCAUAUGACACCAGAGCUUUUGUUGGCAGUUCAACAAAUACAGUGCCAUAAAUACUUGCUGCAUCUGUUUGGUGGACACACAUGCAGCUGCACACUGAGAGUGGAGCAGUGGAGCAGUGGUAGGGUUGUGUGCUGCACUCUGCUAUGCUAUGCUUAUAAGACUCAGAUGCAGAGCGGAGAUGCAGCAGCCACCAGUAACUCUUUCCCCCUGCUCUCUGUCCAUCUGCCCCCAACAUCAUCUUUUCCUCUGCCCUCCCUUUGUACUUCCUUUCCAUUAACCUGUCAUCCUUCCUUGUCUCCUCAUCCACUCCUCUGUCCCAUUCCCCUGACUCUGUCAUAGCAGCUCCUCAGUGCAGAGCAGAGCCGUCCUACCUUCAGCAGCUGCAGGAUGUGAGGAAAAGCAGUCAGGUCUUCAAGAUGGUAGCAUGGUAUGCGGGCGUGUCUGAGGACAGCAGCAGCAGUGAACAGCAGUCAUGGAGAUGGAAGGUACUGCUGAGCCAGCCUUUGUGGAUGUGGACCAGGGCCUGACUUUAGCCUGUGUCGCCUUCCUCUGCUUACUGCUGAUGGCCAUGAUCAUCCGCUGUGCCAAGGUCAUAAUGGACCCAUAUAGUGCGAUUCCUACCUCUACAUGGGAGGAACAGCACUUGGAUGACUAACAAACUGAAACACAUAUAUACAUGUCAUAAUACGUGUGGCAACCAACUAGAGUAAGGGGGUAGUGGUGGUUUUUCAUUUUUCAUUUUACUAAAUGACAGUUUGUUUUGUUUUGUUUUUUUCUAAAAUGUUGAAGCUCCAGAAUACAUGUACUGCUGUACAAUAGAAAAAUGUAUAAAAUCCAGACAUAAACAUGGAAUUUACACAUCAGCAAAGAUUGAAGGAAGUGGGCAGCUGCUGUUUGAAAGCCAUUGUUGAAGUGACAUUAAUACAACCAAUACAAUACCCUUGGCUUUUGUGCCUAGGGAUGUCUUCCAGAGUCCUGAGCCUGACUUCUUGUUUGUGUAAUAAACACAAUUAGUAUUUACAAGUGGACACAACACUUGACUGACCACACAUUUCCCUUUACAACAUUACAGACUGGAGAAAAAAAGCAGACAAUAGUAUAAAGAAGAGAAUUCUUUCACAAAAGUGGAAACAAAGAAAAAAAUGCCAUAUAGUGAUAACACAUAACUGAGCAAGAUUUAAGUAAUGUUUAAGAAUAAUCUAAACUAUCAUUUUAGUUUAUUGCAAGUUUUAUUUUUUGGUGUUUUAUUCAUAAUUUUGGAAUGCUGACCAAUAUAAUGGAACUUCUGAGAUGUUGGAACAGGAUAAAUCAAAGUCAUCAUUGGAUGACUGAUAAUUAUAUGUAAUCAUCAACUACAGUUUAUUACAGUUGUACAAAAUAUUGUUUUUCAUUAUUUUUGGAACUUUGGUAGAAACUAGCAGUAGAUAAUCAUGAAGCCACGAGGUUAACCUCAUGGCAUCCUGACUGAUUUUUUUUUAAAUUUUUAUUUAUUUAUUUAAAAAAAACCUAAAAUAUAGAGAUUUGCCGUUACUUUGGAGAUAAAUGAAGACAGAAAAAACUAACCAGCAACAAUGCUUGAUGGGUUAUUUAAGUUGGGCCAUGGAAUGGUGUGCUACCUGGUGGCUACAAAGCUGUAGCUUUGAGAGCAACAUGGAGGGUGAGCAUUAAAAUUUUUUCCCCUCAAUGAACGCUAAUGUGAGGGUCCCCAAUGGGCAAUGACAAAGGAAAAGACACUGAAAACUGACCAAAUUUCAGUCAAGAGAUCACAUGAUGUGAUGCAGCCACUACACGAGGUUAACCAUUAACCCUCUGCGGCCCAGGGUAUAAUUUGCCGUUUUUUAAUACUUUUGAUCUUACUUUUAUAUUUAUUUCACCUUAAAAAACUAUUUGUCUUGCCUUGUUUGCUAUAAUUUUUUUAGCACAACCUCUCAUGUCUGAAUUUGCAGUCAAUUUUUCAUUUUGCCAUUACGCAUUAACACAACUGAUCUAAAAUCACACAUAAAACAUAAAAUCAGAGUCGGAAAAACUCACAAACAUGUUUAGCGAAUCAUUUUCAUAUUUUUAAAUGCAAAUAUAAAUCGUAAAUUUUUUUAAAACUUACGCACAAAUUUUGCCAACGGCAAAGUAACAUGCUAUUUACCUAAAAAUGCAGCCAAUUUCUCAGGCGUUUUUGUACAACCCUUUAAAACUACUACAACAAAAAUUACAGAACAAUCCGGUUUCACAAUAAGAUGCCACACAAAUUUCACCAUUUAUGCCACUCCAAAAAAAUAUUUUCUGUCCACAACAAGACAGAGGAACACAUCUCAGGUCUAAAAACUGCAGGCCUGACAACAGGAGGUGUAUCACUCCUCCUGUUUUCCACCUGGAGACAGCAUUUACACUGCAAUCUGCCUUCAUUAGUGGCUUCAUUGUUUUGACACUCAAAACAAACAAAUGACUACACUACACAUUAACUACAUUAGAUAACAAUACACACAAACUACACACUCCUAAAACGCUAAAUGUCACGUCUCACAUGUCAAAAUUCGCUGUCGAUAUCUCUCUCUCCCUCGCUCGCCUCAAAUGCCUUGUUUUGCCAUAUAAUUCCAGGGAACGAAUACCUAAAAAUCAUAUUUUUGACUACAGGCCUAAAGUUUAUAGGUAAAAAAUUAAACUAAUCUUUCUUAAAUUUUCAUUAAUUACAUGGCAGGUCAUGGUUUUAACAAACCUUUUGACCUUUUAGUAAAGUUGUGUUGGUCCCAGGCCUCAUUAUUACUACCGAAAUUAUGGCCUACAAAACUAACUGCAAAAAUAAAACACGUUGUGUUAAACAAGAAUGGUACAUUAGCCGUGAUCUUUGAAACUGGCCCCUGCUGAAAGAGGCCAGCUGUUAUGUGCUGACAGUAUAUUGUAUGAUGUGAUUUUGGCUUAUGAUGUAAUGUUAUUUUGACCAUCCACAGUAAAAGUUAAACAAAUGCAACAGCCCCAGUUACUUAAAUAGUCAAUGCUGUCAUCACUUAAGAAAAGGUAGACUAGCAUACUUUAAUAUUAUUAAUUUCUGGACAGUGACAAUGGCACUUAGCUGAUUAAACAAGUUUACUAAUCAUUUCAAGUACUAGUCAAUACUUAAUAACAGACAACAAGAGAACACAUGGGUGGUUACCAGGCUCUAUAGAAAACAAACUGAAUUAUUGGACCUGUAGGGUCCAAGGUUUUUAAGGUUUUCACCAAUACUAAAAGAUUCAAUUCAAUUCAAUUCAAUUCAAUUUUAUUUAUAUAGCGCCAAAUCACAACAACAGUCGCCUCA